AGGUUGAAGUUGAAAUGCGACAAGAAGAUUCCAUGUAACACAUGCGUCAAGCGAGGAUGUGCAAAUAUCUGCCCUAACGGUUCGUCGAAGUGCACAUUUCUGAUCUUGAUGUCUCUCGGUAGACUAAUCUUAGCAGACACCGACGCUUUACACAGAAAAAUCACUCAGUUGAGCGAACGCGUCAGACAACUAGAGGAUGCUCUUGGGAUCAUGCAAGCUGCUGUAUCCCAGGAGAGACACCCCCUCCUGCGAGAUGAGUUGCUCAAGGUGAAAUUCUGGCCUGAAGUUACUCAGGAUGAUGAAGCACAACCUCAAGCUGAAUCUCCUGGAGUGGCAGACACCGCGCUGGAGCUUGGCACCCUGAGCAUUGGUGAGAACGGAGAUGCUAAAUAUUUUGGUCGUUCCGCUGGGGCCGAGGUACGUAAGAAACCUUCAGCCGGUCUUUCCCAUGAUCCUGCAGAUGAGCUCACCCUCCCACCGGAGCUGGGUGAUUUUCCGGCACUGGUCGCUACUUUCGACGCGUGGAAUUCAGACGCACGCCAGGUAUUGCAGGCUCUGGAGGCCUCGCUGCCCCCCAUCACUCGAGCAUGGUCUCUAUGCGAGGCUUACUAUGAAUACUCCGCCUUCUUCCGCCCCGUGAAGCGGGACGAAUUCGUGGAUCACUUCAUGACACCACUCUACGCAGCACUUCGAGAGAACGCGGAACCGGGAUCAAUUGCAGAGCGCAUGCCUCACAAGCUCGCCGUUGUGUAUCUCUUAUUUGCUAUGGGUGCUCUCAUGGACCUGACCCAACCGCCAUACAAUAAGGAAGCUUGGCGAUAUGCAGUGCUGGGUAAGAAUGCCUUACUCAUGAAAAGCGUUAAGGAAUCUCCCGCCAUCGAAACAGUCCAAGCAAUGGCUUUGUUAGCGCACUUCUUCAGCCAGUCUGGAAGGCGGAAUACGGUGGAGUAUUCUUGGGCAAUAAUCUCGAAUUGCCUGAGGCUUGCCCAAAGCGUAUGUAUUCCUAGCCGCUCCUUACAAGUACUUCGUUCAUGCGUAGUCGUAGAUCGCGAUUGCGCAAGAUGGGGACUGGAGGAGAAACAUAUACAAAGACGCCGGUAUGUUUUCUGGGAGGUAUACAAAUGCGGGGUACACCUGAGUCUCCAAGUUGGGCGCCCGCCAACGAUAGCAGCGGCGUUUAUCGAUUGCGAGUAUCCCACAGAUGACGAACAAACUACGGAUAGUCAAGGGAAAGUCGAGCCAGGCUUUUGGCAAUGGCAGUAUUCCGUCGUGAAAGACUAUAUGGCACCCAUCCUGGAAGACGCCAUUGCGGUGAAACCCUCCAGCUACGAAUUCGUCCUGGAGUUUGAUCGCAAAAUUCGGCAAAUGACCGUACCCGAGAGUGUCAGUUUUGUUCCAUCUUCAGAACAGGAUGGUUACGAGAGGCCUGCCAUAUGGUUCAAAGUCUGCCGCGUUAUGCAGUGCAGAUUGUCCCUGUCUUGGCUAGUACUCAUGCUUAUGUGUGGUGUUAAUUUCCGCUUUCACUCAGCCCUGCUCUUCGUUCAUCGUCCCUUCUUCGCUAAGGCUCUGAUGGAUUAUGGCAAUGAUCCUAUGCGUAGCCCAUACGCCCCGUCUUACCUUGCCUCAUACCGCUGUGCUGUCCUCCUCAUAAAAUCUCAUGUUCAAUACUUCCAACGCUGCCCGGACUUAUUCUUGAGACUCGGAGGCUUCUGGACAUACGUCUUCACUGCCGCGGUCGUACUCGGUCUGAUUGUUACUAGGUCUCCGGGUUCCACUACAGCAACGAACGCCCUGGCAUUGCUGGAUCUGGCGCUCGACCUCUUUGAGAAGGGCGCUGUGGUGAAUGCUCGCGCCCAGCGGGCAAUAACAUUUCUCCGUGCUCUCAAAGGCAAAGCGCAUAAAGCCGACUCUGAUGCCCGACAAGGUACAGAUGUGCAAAGGCCCAAUAGCCCUCCUGCCAGCGAUGGUCCGGAUGAGUUGGCACUCUUCGGCGGACAAACAAAGCUCCUGAAUACCAAGGUCCUCACA